AUGUUCUCUGCCAUGCUGAUGGACGCCUACCGCGACGAACGCCCCGGGAUCCGCAUCGCCUACAGGACGGACGGUCACCUCCUGAAUCAACGAAGGAUGCACUUCCAGUCGCGCGUAUCCACAACCACCGUGCACGAACUCCUAUUCGCCGACGACUGCGCCCUGAAAACCACCUCGGAAGAGGAGAUGCAACGCAGCAUGGACCCGUUCUCCGCCGCCUACGAGAACUUCGGUCUGGUCAUUAACACGCAGAAGACGGUGGUGAUGCACCAACCGCCACCCCACUCAGUCACAGCCCCCAACGCGCCGCCGCAAAUCAGUGUGAAAGGAACCCAACUGCAAGUGGUGGAGAACUUCCCGUACCUGGGCAGUACUCUCUCUCGCAACACCAAGAUCGACGAUGAAGUCGCCAGCAGGACCUCGAAAGCCAGUCAAGCAUUCGGUCGCCUCCAAAGCACAGUUUGGAAUCGCCACGGUCUUCAGCUGAGCACAAAGCUGAAAAUGUACAAGGCCGUCAUCCUGCCGACACUAAUAUAUGGAGCGGAGACUUGGACGGUGUACCCAAAGCAGGCACGCCGUCUGAACCACUUCCACCUCAGUUGUCCUCGUCGCAUCCUGAGGCUGAACUGGCAGGAUCGAAUUCCCGACACAGAUGUACUGGAACGGACGGGAAUCCUCAGCAUCUACGCUAUACUGAGACAAAUGCAGCUGCGCUGGAGCGGCCACCUAAAGCGCAUUGACGACGAGCGACUACACAAACGACUUUUCUAA